AGACGGAAGAGAAGAAAGCCGACUCGGAACUCGCCGAGCAGCCUCGCGCUCGAGCAACCGGACAGGGUCGAGCGUUUUCGUGAAGAGCCGAGUACUUCCGGAGGGGCGGCGGGCUGGGCGGAUCUUGAGGCAGUGAGGCGGAAGUUGCCGACGGUCUUCCGGGAAGGGCCGAAGGGGGCUGUCCGUUGCUGUCCGACCCACACACCGAGCCUGCAGUAGGAAAAGCGGCGGUGCUGGCGCUCUGAGGUGGAACGGCCCCGGUUACGUGGCCCCUUCCUGCUCUCCUUCCUCUCGUUUCCCUCAGGCCCUCUCCCUCCCCCUCCCCGUCCCGGCCUGCCCGCCCCACCUACCCACUCGCCCACCCACCCUGUCCCUCUCGGCCGACCCUGCCAGGCCAGGCCGCGGGAGGCGUCGGCGCCCCCUCUCCUCUCCCGCCCCCUCCCCGAGGGCCGGGCCGGGCCGGGCCGGGCCGUGGUAGCUAGGUGGGAGAGGUCGAGGCCGGGGCCGGAAGGGCGAGAAGCAGCCAGCCAAGCCAAGACACCAUCAACCAGCCAGGAUGAUCAAGCUUUUCUCGCUCAAGCAGCAGAAGAAGGAGGAGGAAUCGGCCGGAGGCACCAAAGGCUCCAGCAAGAAAGCCUCUGCCGCGCAGCUCCGCAUCCAGAAAGAUAUUAAUGAAUUGAAUUUGCCGAAAACAUGUGAAAUAGACUUUUCAGACCAGGAUGACCUCCUCAACUUCAAGCUAGUUAUCUGCCCGGAUGAGGGCUUCUAUAAAGGUGGCAAGUUUGUUUUCAGUUUUAAGGUGGGACAAGGCUACCCGCAUGACCCACCCAAGGUCAAGUGUGAAACCAUGGUGUAUCAUCCCAACAUAGAUCUAGAAGGCAAUGUCUGCCUAAAUAUCCUCAGAGAGGACUGGAAGCCUGUACUAACAAUAAACUCUAUAAUUUAUGGCCUGCAGUAUCUCUUCUUGGAGCCAAACCCUGAAGACCCCCUGAACAAAGAGGCUGCUGAAGUCCUCCAGAACAACAGACGCCUGUUUGAGCAGAACGUCCAGCGUUCUAUGAGGGGCGGAUACAUUGGCUCCACCUACUUUGAGCGCUGCCUCAAAUAGAACUGACCGGCUCCGGGCACAAACCUGCCCUCCCCUUGCCCCUUCAUCUCCCUUCCAGCUCUCCUAUGGGACUCUGCCAACACCGCUGCCUUCAGCCAUCAAGGGGGCACAGGAGUCAAGAAUUGGCAGGGCCCCCUUCCAUCCUCUUCCUCCCCUUCCUCAUCCCACUUGCUCGCCUUCCUACCACCCUCUGCCAGCCUGGGGCCUCAGCAGCCGCUGCCUCACCAGAUCCACGUACCUCCCUCUCCACUCUCCCUAUGAGCUGCUGUGGGGUGAGGGGUGGGGUUACUGCUGCUUCUCUACCCCAUCCACAGUGUUGGGGUAGCCACCAGCCCCCUGGGCUUGGGUGUGUGGCCCCAUGCUGGCGCCCGUCUGCCUUUCUGGGGGCUCUGGUUGUGCUGCUAAGAACAGAAGGCUCCCUCUGUGCUCUGGCACUCCCCGCCUGCAACGCAGUGCAACUGUGCUGCACAAUCUGCAGGCCACUUGCCUGUCCUUUCCUCCUCCCCUGCUGGGCACCAAGGCUUCUGAGCGUAACUAUUUAUUACACAGGGGAGGCUCUUGAGGGCUGGGUGAUUCUGGAAGGCUGGAGAGGGGUGCUUAGGCACCUCCAACCUGCCCCAGGCAUUGUGGCUCUGGGGAGGCUGGGUCAGGCCUGGAAUAUUCCUUUUAGAAUCAACUCACUUGUGUGUCUGGUUUUUAAGGAAAAAUAAAAACAACCAAACCAACCAAUGCUAAUCAUAGUAGUAAUAAAACAUGUAACCAGGGCAGUGCUGUUUCUGCUGUGUCUAACAGGGCCUGCCCGGCAAUGAACUCUCUGCCUCUCCAGUGACUCCUGCAAGCCCCUGGCCAAAAUAAAGCCACUGUACUUCUAGUGUGUCGGGUUAUUAAAGGGGAAUGUUAGCACAUUCAAUUUGA